CUCAGACUGUGCCCUUUCUAUUGCUUUCUCCUUUCAUCCUCCUAUUUCCCAGGCUGACUGCUUGUGGAUCACAAUCAAGUCCACUAUCCAGUUCUUUGCGCUCUGACAGAAUGAUGCUAGCUGUACAUGGUCCCCUUUUCUUCCCUGGCCUGCUGAUAUGGACUAUACAGAGCUGUAGUUCCUUUCUGCUGCCCACUGGAACAGUUCUCCAGCCACACCAUCAGAACAGCACAGACAGCUUGGGAGCCUCCAUGGACUUUCCUAGUGUUUCUGUGUCGAAGAGCAGACGUAAGCGUUUCAUCUCUUCACUCGACAUGGCAGCACUCUUGGAGUAUCACAACCGUGUGCGCUCACAAGUGUUCCCACCAGCUGCUAACAUGGAAUACAUGGUAUGGGAUGAAAGACUUGCAAAGUCCGCCGAAGCCUGGGCAUCACAGUGCAUUUGGGACCAUGGCCCAUCACAGCUCAUGAAGUUUGUUGGACAGAACCUGGCUAUUUACUCAGGAAGGUAUCGGUCAAUAACUGAGCUUGUCAAGUCAUGGCAUGAUGAACGGCAGUAUUAUUCAUAUCCUUAUCCCCAGGAGUGUAUGCCGAGCUGUCCCAAUAAGUGUAGUGGGUCAGUGUGCUCUCAUUAUACUCAGAUGGUGUGGGCCAGCUCUAACAGAAUCGGAUGUGCCAUGAACUCCUGCUCCAAUAUGAACGUGUGGGGAAACACAUGGCGGCAGGCAGUGCUGCUGGUGUGCAAUUACUCAAUUAAGGGAAACUGGAUCGGAGAAGCCCCAUACAAAAUGGGACGUCCAUGCUCAGCCUGCCCCCCAAGUUAUGGUGGAUCCUGUAGUAAUAAUUUAUGCUUUUCUGGUAUAAAGUCAAAUAAAGUGAGCUGGUUUUGA